AAUAGCGAAAGCGAAAGUAGCGAAACAGCCUGUUGCAUGUCAAUUUUGCAAUCUUUAUCAGAUCUUUCGACACCUUCUACACGUCAACAGCCUGUAGGGGUUUGCGAGGAAUCCAAAGAUGACUUCAGCUACCAGCUUCCUGUUUUUUGCGAUCCAUUUAGCCUGUAUCAGAGCUGGAAAUUCCUCUGAGUCAUUUGUCAAACUGGAGUGUAAAACAGAAUACCAUGGGGUUUAUGGUCAGCAGUUAAUUCUAGGGUGCAUUGUCAAACCUAUGGUUGAGAAUGUGACCAUCAAAACGGUGACCUGGAAGAGAAUGGGAGCUGCUGCUAAAGAUGAUGCUAAUUUGUUGGAAUACCAUAGAGAUAAAAUGGACCUAACCCCUGGGUUUACAUUUGCUGAGCCGUCCUGGAACAAGAAUAAUAUGAAUGUGUCCUUGUUGUUGACAAAUACCAAGAUGGCCGACAAGGGGGUGUAUGAAUGCAUGGUGAACACAGACCGUGGUGAUACUACAGCUACAAUCAGCCUCAGUGUCACAGCUAAGUACAAGACUCCAACCAUGAGCUCCAUCCCUGAGACCAACAUCAAAGAGAACACAGAUGUGACCAUUUUCUGCAACUCUACAGACGGGCACCAGACAGGGUUGAUCUGGUGGUUUGACCAGUUUGGCAGCAAUUGGACGCGCAGUGCUGAACUGGUGGCCAAAGAGACUGACGAUGGACUGUUCAGCCUCUCCAGUAAAUUCACAGUGCUGAAGGCUACAUCCAGUUACACAAACUACACGUGCAAAGUGCUCAAUGUCAAUGGUGCCGAGGAGGGGAUGGCAUCAUUUGUGAUCCAGUUUGCGCCGCGAGACUUAGGUAGUAAAGCUGACCACUUGGGUAUUGUGUCCACCACCAAAUGGCUAACCCCGGUUGUAGUCAUAGGAUCUCUGAUCAUUGGACUCCUUGCUGCACUGCUGUUAUUUAAGAGGCGCUCUGCCCAACGAGCUCGAAGGCAGUCCACCUUCCCAUUAAUGAGUGGCCACCAAACAGAUACCAGGCAUGAUCAAGAUGUUGAGGCAGAAGGUCUAAACAGUGACAGGAACUGAUUUGUUAACUGGCAGUCUCUGGAAGGGACUGUUACCUUGACGAUCAAUAAGGGGCUUGUCACCAUCACUGUCCUUUGAUAGACUGUUUCCUGUUAAGUGUUCGGUGACAGUCACUUUGGCACUCAGGUCAUUCUGAUUCGAGGCAUUUGUUUCUUCAUAAUCUACUGAGGAUACCAGCCUUUAAGCACUGUGGUUGAUUACAAAUUAUAUAACUCUUUAACAGCCUAUGUUUAAAAGCCUAACAUGAAUGGUUAUAUACAGAGUUGCCAUGGUGUAGGUAUACUGUAGAUUCUACCAGCAUGAUUGUUAAAACUCAGGUCUGCUGAGCGCAAAUUUGAAUAUUGUGAAAAUCUGUGCAACUUCCGGUGCGGGUUUACUGUGAACACCGAGGCUGUACCUGCUUUAAGUUAGUUUUAACAGUGGUCAAGUAGGCUACUGUGGCUAUUUGAUCAUAAUGUAGGCC